GUCAUUGCUAUUUUGCAGUGUGUUACGUUGUCUUGAAGUAAUUCGAUAAUAUGAUAUAACGAACGCAGAAUCUGCUAUGAAAAACUAAAAGUGAUAAGUAUACCCGAUAAUUGUUAUAUGUAUUAAUAGUAGAGGUGGUGAUUAUGUUAGUGUUAAUUAGUUGUUGCAGUAUUUAAAGAGUAGAAUGUCGGUUCGCCUGUUUACAUCUCGAAUAAUCAACAAUGGUUUUAUGUUGCUGCGCCAUAUCUGCAAGAGAGAAAUUCACCCCAUCAAUAUUACUGAGAAAGUUAAUGUAGUACCCAAAGCCGGUGCGUCACGGGUGCAUGUAGCAACCGAUAAAGUUAAUGCAUUCUCCCGAAAUUCUCCCUUAAAAAAUGUCGGUUUGCAACUUACUGCACAUGCAAGAAGAAUUUUUGUUGAUAAUGUAUUAAAUCGGGUUACAAAUAGCAGUGCAAGCGAGCUAAGGAGAAGAGCUACCAGGAGGAUAUUUUUUGGAGAUUCGGGUCCCUUUUUUGCACUGGUUGGGGUGAGUUUGGCGUCAGGAUCGGGAAUCCUGACAAAAGAAGAAGAACUAGAAGGCAUCUGUUGGGAAAUUCGAGAAGCCAUCUCAAAAAUAAAAUGGAACAACGAUGACACGAAUAUUAACGAAACUGAGGUAGAGGAGACAGCUGUCACAUUGAACAAUUUAGAAAUCGGGGUACCACUUGAUAAAGGGGCAAACGCUGUAGUAUAUGCGGCAAAAUUAAGAAACGAUUCGCAAAUUCCAAACACCGAAGGUAGCGAAGAAGAAGAAGACUCGAUGAUUGAGUAUCCUCUAGCUCUAAAAAUGAUGUUCAAUUACGAUGUUAGAUCCGAUGCAGGAACGAUACUGAGGGCAAUGUCUAAGGAAAUCGUUCCGGUCCGAAAAACUUGUAAUGAAGCAUCCCACGCAGCAAAGAAUACGAAGUUUCUGCCUCCUCAUCCAAAUAUUAUAGCAAUGUAUCGAGCUUUUGCUGACAACAUACCUACCAUUAGUUCUUUAAAGGCCGCGAAAACUUUAUUUCCUAACGCAUUACCUACAAGAUUGUAUCCGGACGGUGAUGGACGUAAUAUGUCUUUGUUUAUCGUCAUGAAAAGGUAUAAUAUGAGUUUGGAAAAGUACCUAAUUAGCGAGAAUCCUUCAAUGAGAAUUCGUCUGUUACUUUUUUGCCAACUGUUAGAAGGCGUUACUCAUAUGUUUCGACACGAGAUAGCCCAUCGCGAUUUAAAAAGUGACAAUUUGCUUUUGGACACUUCCGAACAAAACGUACCAGUAUUGGUAAUAACGGAUUUUGGUUGUUGCUUGGCUGAUAAGUCUACAGGUCUACUUUUGCCCUAUACCAGUUACGAAAUUGACAAAGGUGGUAACGUUGCUUUGAUGGCACCGGAGAUCGUUAAUAAAACACCAGGCUCAUUCGCCACCCUUAAUUACACCAAAUCUGAUCUGUGGGCUUCGGGAGCAAUCGCCUACGAAAUUUUUGGCAUGACCAAUCCGUUUUACGAUGGUCCCCGAUGGAGUAGAUUAAAAAGUACCGAUUACAAAGAAGAUCAGUUGCCCGAAUUACCGGAUGAUGUUCCCGAAAUUGUUAAAUUUUUGGUUGGAAACAUCUUAAAGCGUAAUCCAAAAAAGCGACUCGAUCCCGAAACUGCAGCCACGAUUAUGCAAUUGAAAUUGUGGGCACCCAGUUCCUGGCUGAGUCCCGGAAUGUCCAAAUUACCAACACGUACAGAGAUAAUUCAAUGGUUGCUCAGUUUGGCAACUAAAAUUUUGUGCGAAGGACGACGAGUUAACGGCAUAGACACAAGUUCAAAGUCGGAUGUGGUCGUGGGAAAUGUGGAUGAAAUAAGAGAAUUAACAAAAGAUCAUCAAAAAAACAACAGAGGGCGCAGAACUUAUCCAGAGUAUUUGUUACUUUCAACUUUUUUGUCACGGACUAGUUUGAGUAACAUCAAGAAGGCCUUAAAUUGGAUACACGAUAAUUAUUACUAUUACUAUUAAUUAGCUUGCUCAUAUAAAUCGGUAUUGUUCGAUGAUUCGUAUGUUACGUUGUAAACUAGUCUAUUAAUUUUAUUUACUAGCGAAAGGAAAAUAAAACAAGGACUGAUGCUGUAAAUUGUUGAAAAAUAAAGGGUAU